GUAAAGCCCACGACUCUGUAACACAACUCUCGAACGAUUAGUUAGUUGGGCUUGCCUUCCUGAAUCCGGCAAACUCCCUCGUCCCAAACUCAGAAUCUCUGGCGCCUUCAACUUUUCCUCCUAUACAGAGCUGACGUCGUUCAGCAUUCUUGACAUUCGCCACUUCCCUGUGUGCAAGCACAUCGAGACAGGUCGAGACCACUCGAGCGGUUUCCUACGAGUACUCAGCUCCAAUUCGUUUCGUGCUAUAUGCACGUCAUCGAAACAUGGUCUCUCGUCCUUCAUUGCAAUACACUUCGCGCUUUGCAGCGACCUGCGGCAAACUCUUCGAGGGCCUCAAACCUUCACAGAUUAGCCCUCGAGACAAUGAGCUCUCUUUCUGGUCGAACUUCCUAGCUCUAGACGUCGAUCGUCCUUUCUUGGUCGCGAAGAUUAGCAACCUUCCCAAGGAGGAGUGCCUUGAUGGCCAUAAGCCAGUCAUAAAUAAUUUGUUUGAACUCUGUGUACAGCAACUCAAAACUGCGCCUUGCGACGAUGCUCGGAAGCUGCAUGCAGUCGAGAUCUUGUCAGUCUUGACCCGAACAUUGCUUACAAAACCUGAUAUGGCUGGAUGGGAGGUGAUGGAGAUGUUUGCUGGUGGUGUCAAUGGGAGCGACGAGUUCUUUAUGAAGUUCGUUACGACAAUUGAUCAAAUUUUAGGUGACACGACCGCGCCUGCUGACAUCCGUCACCAAGUGUUGCAACUCGCUAUCAUUUUCAUGUGUGGUGUGAACCAACUUUCGCCUGGAGCUUACUUCCUCCGGAUAGAUUUGUUCCCGUCCACCGUUUCAGUCGUCUUAGAUCCAGCAACGGAACGUUACGCCUUCGAGGCGUUGCUGCUACUUGCCCUUCUCGCCAACUUUCACAAAUCAGAUGCUGCGAAGCUCAACCCGUACUUGACUCGUAUCACGGAUACGAAUGACCAAGACCUAAUGCGGAAGGUCUGUUGGGUGGCGAAUUUUGCUAUCGUUACUACAAUCAAAGCGUAUCAAGAGAUCUCGGACGACUCCCCACCGACUAUGGUGACUGCCCUUGGUGCCUUCAUGACCUCGUUGCGACCGGAUCGUGCUCUAGCAUCAACCCCUGUAGAUCCUCCUAGAGAGUUAUUCAAGAACAAACCAAUCGAAGCCUGCGUUGUACUACUAUCGAUAUAUGAAUUCAUGCACACGAACACGUCGUUCACGAGGGUCCUAUCAGACUCGUUGAAGCAGGAACCCAGUAAUACCAACAAAACGCGCAAAUUGGAACCUGUACCAUGUACUCUGAUCUCACUUUCGUCAUACCUGGUUACCCACGCAACUUCUCUAUCAUCGGCGCGCGCAAUCGCCUAUGCGAACCUAUCACUCAACAUACUAUUCACCAUGGUCGAGGCAGAUGAAUUAAUAUUCAUGCUGUGUCAGACUGCUAUUGUCCCCAUUCGUCUCUGUCGACAAAGGCUGCCUGUGCUCCCUUCGUUGUCUUCAUCUAGCCCGCCGGUGUGCUCGUUAUUGGAUUGCUGUGUACUUUGUUUGCGGCAUAAUCUGCAUAUGCGGCUAGAGCUCAGUCUACUCCUAACAUCUGUAUGGAUAUGCCGUCGUGCUUUGUGGUUUUUGCAUAGAGAACAUAUUCGCCUUGAAUACCACUGGCAGGAGCUCUGGCGAGCGCUGUUUGGUCUGUUGGAUUUCUUGGCGAACAAGAUGGACAGCCUGAUCACUGCUGGGGACAUCAUCGGUCUAGUAGAAGAGACAAUAACCCUACUAGACCUAGCAUUCGUCAAGGCAGAAAUCAUCCUCCCAACACCUCGCGCUGUACACGAGUUCAUAUACGAGAUUGUGCGGUCGUCUGCCGUCUUGAGGAAAUGUGAAGUUACUCUGCACUCUGCCAGUGCGCUCAAUUCAAGAGCCCCGUCCGCAGAGAAUUACGCUUCAAGUGUAGCUUUAUCACGUUUACUAUCCGUCGCAAAUUUCUACGAGGAGAAAAUUAGUUCCGCGCAAGCGCGUACGGCGAAGGAGGCCAUGCGUGUUGUAGCGAAGCACAUAGACCAGGAUGGACUUUUCGGCGUCGGAGAUGGGGAAAUUGAGGAGCCACCCCUGCGAUCCAGAGAUAUGGUCAUCUUUCUUCGACAGGUCUACGAGGAUGGGAUGGCCUUGAUGCCGUGAUUGUGAUUCCAAUAUUUUCUGCUCAUUAUGGAUAUCAUUUCCUCUUAUUGUUACUUAUCGUGCUGUCGUGUAUGUAUUAUGCCGAUGUUGACAUGCUGUUGUAAAACUUCGACCUUGCUUAUGCUGCC